AUGGCUAAACCUGGAAAGGCAGCUAAGAAGGCUAAGCAGCUCACAAAAGGUCACGUUGUGACCAAGCUCGAGAAAAAGGCAAGACCUUCAAACAGAAAAGGAAAGCUCAGCAAGCGUACUGAGACCGUAAGAUCUGUUAUCAGAGAUGUCACUGGGUUUGCACCUUAUGAAAGAAAAAUCCUUGAACUUUUGCAGGCUGGCAGCUCUAACCCCCAUCUUUACUAGUGACGAAAAUAUCUUGCUCGCUAAUUGAUGAGGGUUGAAUUUUUUUUUAUAAUUAAGAUUAAAAAAUAUUUUAAAUAAAAUUAUAAAAUUAAUUUCAGUUUAAAUUUAAUAGAAUUAGUUGGAGUGUUCAUUAUUAUACUGAUAUUUUAUAUCAAAUUAUUUUAAUAAAAACGAUUUUUUACCCAAUCUUAUGAGAUUUUCCCAAAAAUAGGUUAUAAUGAUCUUGAUCGCGAUCAAAGGGGAGUAAGGAUGAAAAGAAAGCCCUUAAGGUCGCUAAAAGAAGAGUUGGAACUCACAGAAGAGGAAUGCGCAAAAGAGAAUACAUGAGAGGAGUCAUGCAAAGAUUACGCCAUAAGUAA